UUGCUGCAUCAAGAUCUGAGUUCUCCUGUCUCACUCCCUGCAGGUGCUGGCGUUCCUGGCAUCGCUGGCGUUCCUGGUGUUCCUGGUGUCCCUGGUGUCCCAGGUGUUCCUGGCGUGCCUGGGGUUCCUGGAGCUGUGCCUGGUGUUGGAGUGGGUGGCCCGGCAGCAGCAGCCGCAGCCAAGGCUGCAGCGAAAGCAGCGGCAAUCGGAGCAGGACGCGUGCCCGGAGUUGGUGUGCCCGGAGUUGGCGUGCCCGGUGUUGGUGUGCCCGGUGUUGGCAUUCCUGGAGUGGGUGUGCCUGGAGUGGGUGUGCCUGGUGUUGGCGUGCCCGGUCUGGUGCCCGGGGUUGGCAUUCCAGGAGGUCCGGCAGCCGCCAAAGCAGCCGCCAAAGCAGCCAAGUACGGAGCAGGUGGCCUGGCUCCUGGCGUGGGUGGUCUGGCUCCUGGCGUGGGUGGCCUGGUUCCCGGUGUGGGUGGUCUGGUUCCUGGAGUAGGUGGCCUGGUUCCUGGUGUUGGAGGUGUCCCAGGUGUUGGAGGUCCAGCAGCAGCAGCCAAGGCAGCAGCCAAGGCAGCCAAAUUUGGUGCUGGGGUUGGAGGGGUGCCAGGUGUGGUGCCCGGCGUGGGUGGAGUGCCCGGAGUGACACCUGGUGUUGGUGGCGUGCCUGGCUUGGUGCCAGGGGUGGGAGUACCUGGAACUGGCAUCCUUCCUGGAGCAGGCAUCCCCCAAGUAGGGGUGCAGCCUGGUGCUAAACCUCCCAAAUUCGGUGUUCCUGGGGUUGGAGUCCCAGGGGUUGGUGGCCUCCCAGGUGGCCUCGGUGUUGGUGGGCUCGGAGUUGGUGGCCUCGGAGCUGCUGGGAAACCUCCCAAGCCAGGGGUUGGAGGUCCCGGCUUCGGCGUAUCACCGAUAUUUCCAGGUGGGGUCGGCGGCCUGGGAUUUGGUGGGAAGCCCCCCAAGCCCUACGGAGGAGCCCUGGGUGCCCUGGGCUUUAGAGGCGGAGCGGGCUGCGCGGCAGGGAAGUACUGCGGAAGGAAGCGGAAGUAACGCUCCGUCACCCAUCACCUCAUGAACUUUGGUGCUACUGCAUGGUCCAGAAUGUAAAUCCGAAGCAAAGCUGAGACAACCCCUCCUCAAGCCCCCGGAGGAACCUCGCGUUCCCCGGCAGCGUCCAGCCCCCCCCCGCCCCUCGGUCCCGGCAGGGAGCGCGGAAUAAACUGCGGGGAGCAGCCGUCCCCCUUGGUGCUAUCGCUCUCUGCGGGAUUUGGGGGGGGCCUGGGCUGUCGCGCCCCUCCCCAGCCCCAGAGCUGACCCCCGGGGGGACACAGGAUGAGGGGCACCCCACAUUGGA